UUUGCUAAAAAAUCCAAUGCAAGAUGGCGGCUUCGUCAGGGGCGACGCCAACAAUUCGGAAACUAGAUGAAACUGUAGUGAAUCGAAUUGCGGCCGGCGAAGUAAUACAACGACCGGUGAAUGCUGUUAAAGAAAUGAUAGAGAAUUGUUUGGACGCAAAAGCAACCGCCAUUCAAGUCACGGUAAAAUCUGGUGGUCUCAAGUUCUUACAAAUACAAGAUAAUGGUUGCGGAAUUCGUAAAGAAGAUAUGGGCAUUGUUUGCGAGCGGUUUACUACGAGCAAACUAUGUAAAUUUGAAGAUUUAAAUAAGAUUGCAACGUAUGGUUUUCGCGGAGAAGCUUUGGCAAGUAUAAGCCAUGUAGCACAUAUUUCAAUCAUUACAAAGACUGCAGAGUCCAACUGUGCAUACAAAGCACUGUAUUCUGACGGGAAACCAAAAAGCGAUCCAAAACCCUGUGCAGGCAACAGAGGGACACAGAUAACUGUUGAGGAUCUGUUUUACAAUAUUACGACAAGGAAAAAAGCUUUAAAAAGCCCUGGUGAGGAGUAUGCCAAAAUUGUUGAUGUUGUUGGCAAGUAUGCUAUUCACAAUUCUGGGGUUGCUUUCACUGUCAAGAAACAUGGUCAGAAUCUGGGAGAUGUGAGGACCUUAAACCAGUCUAGCAUUGUUGAUAAUAUAUCAACAAUUUAUGGUACAAAUGUUGUUAAGGAAAUUCUUGAGAUAUCUUGUGACAAUCAACAAUAUGGCUUUACAAUGAGUGGUUAUAUAACCAAUGUUAACUAUUCUAUGAAGCGACUGACAUUCCUACUUUUUAUCAAUCAUCGCUUGGUAGAUUCUAGUGCAAUCCGUAAAGCAAUUGAUGCUGUAUAUUCUGCAUACCUUCCAAAAGGGACACACCCAUUUGUGUACCUGAGUCUUGAAAUUAAUCCUUUGAAUGUUGAUGUUAAUGUUCACCCAACAAAACACGAAGUCCAUUUCUUGCAUGAAAACUCCAUCAUUGAGAUUAUCCAAAAGCAAUUUGAAGAGAAGCUACUUGGCUGUAAUUCCUCACGAACAUAUUACACCCAGAAGUUGUUGCCGAAUGCAAUCCUAGAAACAAGUGAUAUAUUGCCAGGAGAGAGUGUCAGUAACAACAAAACAAAUCAAAGAGUCUAUGACCAUCAGUUGGUGCGGACUGACAGCAGAGAACAAACGCUUCAUGCUUUUGUUAAACCUCAAUCAACUGCAGUUUUAAACACAAGUGAAAAGACUGAGAAUCAAACAAAAGAAGACUCUGUCAUUGAUUCAAAUAAUGAAAACGAAAUUAUUGAAGUUGAAGAUGGAGAUGAAACAUCAAUGGAGACUUCUGACACCACAACGCGUAAAUCUUCAGACAAAUCAUCGCUCUACCCACAGCGACGUGAAAUUCGUUUGGCAAGCGUCCUAGAACUACGAGAUGAGAUUGACGAAGCUGAACACAAAGAUCUUAAAGAAAUGUUUCAAAAUCAUAAAUUUGUUGGUUGUGUUGAAAAAUCGUUUGCUUUAAUGCAGCAUGGUACUGGACUAUACCUGACUAACGUCACUUCCCUUAGCACAGAGUUCUUCUACCAAAUUGUUCUCUUUGCAUUUGGUAACUUUGGAUAUAUCAACCUGAACCCACCUGCAUCUAUCUAUGAACUAGCACUUCUUGCCCUAAAUGCUCCAAAUUCAGGCUGGAGCGAAAACGACGGUCCAAAGGAAGAACUGGCGGAAUACAUUGUGAAAAUCCUGAAAGAGAAAUCUGAAAUGUUGGGCGAUUAUUUUUCCAUGGUGAUCGAUGCAGAUGGAAAGUUGAAGUCAUUACCUCUCUUAUUACAUGAUUACGUUCCUAAUCUUAAUGAACUGCCAAAGUUUGUGUUACGUUUAGCCACUGAGGUUGACUGGGAAAAGGAGAAGGAAUGUUUCCAAUCAUUUGCCAAAGAAUGUGGCUUGUUCUACGCGUUCAAACCUGAUCCUUUUACUGGAGAAGAAGAUAAUGAAAAUAGUCAUGACAAAAACUGGAAAUGGACAGUUGAACACGUCCUUUUCCCUGCGUUUCGUGUUGGGCUCGUGCCACCAAAACAUCUCGCUGAAGAUGGCACUUUACUUCAGGUCGCUAACCUUCCUGAUUUAUACAAAGUUUUUGAACGAUGUUGACUUUUAGCAAUAUAUUACUUUGCCUAGAGCAGAACACUCUUUUGAGUUGCUAAUUUUGAUUCACAAGUGUUCAUAUUAUCAUGUUUCUUUAUAAUUUAAACUAUUGUUAUUGGCUCAAUAAAUGUUACUGAAAGCUUAA